AUGUCCGGCCUCGAGGCCUUCGGGCUCGCGUGCAAUGUCAUGCAAACUAUCGGCUUUGCUAUAGAAAUGGCAUCCGUGUGCCAUUCUAUCUUCCGUACCGGCUCCCCAGAUCCCAGCAUGGCAACACUGCUGGCCCAUUCCACCCAAAUCACCACGAGUCUCAAAAGUUCGAUAUCAUCCGCGAGGCCAGUUACACGGGAUGACAAGGAGCUGCUUGAUAUCGCAAACAAAUGCCUCGACGCCAUGUCUGCUCUCAAGGUUCAGGUCGACAAGCUCACCCGUCCCUCUGCCAAAGGCAAAGUCCUGCCCUCAUUGCGAUUGGGUUUACGGGCAAAGUUCAAACAAGGGAAUAUCGACAAGCUGGAGAAGAAAAUGCGUGAUUACCAAAAGGUCCUCGAGUCCGGCCUUCUUCUGCGUAUCUGUACCCUCCAGUGCUUCGUAGAGGCUGUCUCUCGAGGACAGGAUAAUCUCCAAGACCUCAUGAAAUCGACCCAUGAUUCUAUUGUGGAAGUAGUCAAGGCCGAAUCCACGGUUCAAAAUGCCGCAACCACAGUCAUUGCUUCUGAAGUCAAAAAGACGCAGGCAAUGAUCAAGGAAACGUCCCUGGAAGCUUCCGCGGAGGAAAAGCGACAACGACUUCUCAAGAGCCUCAAAUACGACACUAUGAGUGAACGUCUUGGCCAGGUCAAAGCGGCUUUUGCAGGGACGUGUAGAUGGAUGAUACAGUCAGCACCGAACAGUAUCCAGAGUGUACCCGAUGGAGAGAACUUGACACCUGUCUGUCCACAUCGCACAACCCACGAGAACAACCUCUCGUGGAGUUGUUUUCCUUGCUGGCUGGAAUCCCCAAAGGACAAAAUCUACUGGAUCCAAGGCAAGGCUGGAUCUGGAAAAAGCACACUCAUGAAAUUUCUCGUCACCAAUCCCGCUCUCUGGCAUCCCCAAAGGCAAGCUGACGGCCAAGAUCUCAUUCUUUCACAUUUCCUCUGGGCCGCCGGUUCGCCGCUUCAAAAAAGUUUGCGUGGGAUCCUCCUCAACCUACUUUACCAAUUGCUAUCCAAUGAUGAGCACGCCCUUGAUCAUGUUAUCGACACUUUCCCCGACCUCAAGCUCAAAGACUUCUGGGGAGAUUGGACACUUGAGGACUUAGACAGAACCAUGAUGGACUCCCUCCACACCAUCGCAACCAGACCUGUGUUCAUCUUCUUGGAUGGCCUUGACGAUCGACCGGAGGCUGUGUUCAAGAAUAAAUUGGGCGGCCUAUGCAGUCUGCGGCUACAGGACCUUACCCGCUCCGACAUGGCGAAAUACGCCAAGGCUGAGCUACUCUCAAAUGAGGUCGUGGGUCUUGAGAACCAAAAGGAAUAUCAGAAACUUGUCAACAAGCUCUGCAACAUGGCUGAUGGUGUCUUUCUGUGGACUGCCCUUGCGGUCCGAAGUCUCUCCCGGGGUCUCACCAACGAAGAUGAUAUAUCCGAACUGUACGCUCGGCUGGAGAAGAUGCCAACGGGCCUGUACCCACUCUACAAAGACAUGUGGGAGCGCCUGAACGAGGAUCAACAUCUCUACAGGAAAGAGGCGGCUCUGUAUUUCCAACUGGUCAUACAUUGGGGGCGCAUGCCUUCCCACGCAUUUGAGAAACGCUGCACCACGUUCCAUCUCCUUGCCGCCCGCGACCCAUCCAUUUCCCGGGCAUACCUGAAUCACGACACGGCGUCCCUUCCCGCGAAUCUAGAGGCAUUGUGUGAAAAACUUGGGAAGCGCGUAGAGACACGUAGUGCCGGGCUUCUUGAACAUGGCGAUUAUGGCAGCAUUGACUUCAUUCAUCGAUCCGCACUCGAGUUUCUUACAGAUAGUCCGGAGGGCCAGCGAAUCAUGGCACAUGACACGUCUACCUUCAGCGAGCUCCGGUCAUGGCUAUUACAGGCUGAUGUCGCCAGAGCGUACCUCAUGUUUAUGAAGCCGGUUAAUCCUCAUAUAUUCAGGCACUGGCAUUCUCGCUGUCCAGAUGACAGUGCAUUUGAUUCAACUGAGCUCAUGGAAGAUGUUCAUCUCAAUUGGGACGACAGCGCAUUACCAGGCGACGUUCAGAUCAUGCUGCUCGAAGCAUGUAGGCGUAUACUCGAAGUGGACGACAUCAUGUACACAAGGACGCGUCCGUUCGAUUUUGCAGGUUCCCACGCCGCACAUGGACGAGGUGGUGGUCAUCGAAUGCGAUACAGCAUAUGCCGCAGACCUCUUGACACUUGGACGGGCUCGUCGAAGAGAAGCAGCGGGACUGAAGAAGACCAAUCCAAGGGUCCUGGUAGCCCGGCAGAAGAGGAACGAUGA